GAGAGGGAGGGAAGGAGGCAGGCCGGCCGUCGGGUACAGAGCGGAGGUUACCACAGGACACUGCUCCUGUGCCGCCGCCGGACCUCGACAACAGCAGCGGGAGCCGCACGAACCUAAACUCGGACCGGCGCCAGUUUUUACCUUCGUUCGGAUAUUCUUCUUCUACUACUUCUUCUUCUUCUUCUUCUUCUACGUCGUCUUCUUCUUCUUCUUCACCUUCACACGGCGGCAAGUUAAAAAGUCAUACACGGCUGCUUUAAUCAGUCGCCGCUGUGUUUGUCGUGUACCCCCCCCCCCCCGACCCGGUUCUCUUUCUGUUGUGAACGACCGGGACCGGGACCGGGAGCGAGCCGGAGCAGCGCGUCUCCACCGACCGGACGUUUGUACUUUUUGUAUUUUUUCCCUGCCCCCCCCCCCGGCAGUGAGCCUAUUAUACAUUCAACUACCGCACGCGGUUGACCGCCGCUGGUGGCGCUCCGCUCGGCUCGGCUCGGCUCGGCUCCGCUCGGCUCGGCUCGGCUCGGGGCUGCGGGGAUCCAGCGAGCGGCGUGACGGUUCCACACGGUAUGAUUUGAGCUCGUGGAAAAAAAGAAAAAGAAAAGACGCGAGCCAGCGCGCAGCGGAGCGGAGGGGGGGACGGGACACCCGGCCUGAGCCGAGGUCACCGGGAAGUCAAGAGUGCUUGUGACGUUACGCGCUUUCUUUAUAACGUCGCCCUAUUUUCUUUUCUCCCCCCCCAUCUCCUGCGUUAGCGCUCAAGCAACGACGGCUGCGGCUCUGCCGGGUCAACCGGUGAACUCUGUGACACUUGUUUUUUGCAAGGUUAAACAACAACAACAACAACAACAUCUACUACAACAACAACAAAAGACGAUCGAGAAGAAGAAGACGUCGUCGGGAGGCAAAAGUUUGACAGUAAACUGGUCCUCCGCGGGGCUGAGGGGUCACCGGGACGGGGUCGCCCGCUCCUCUCCGCCCCGCCUCCUCCUCCUCCUCCUCCUCCUCCUGCCGUCAGCCUGAUAUGAAGAUGUGAAACUCCCUCCCUCCCAUUCCCCUUCCCCUCGUCUCUCUCUCUCUCUCUCCGCCGCCCAGGACGCUGUGGUAUUUGUCUUCUUCUUCUUCCCUCCUUUCUCCUGUUUUGCCGGCUACAAAGGGAUCAGACGCGGCCCUCCCCCCCUCCCUCCCUCCCUCCCUCCCCCGGCCCCUGUCUCUCUGGGAUGUACGAAAGCGUGGAUGUUGUGGGUCUGAGCCCCAGCCCCGGCCGCAGCAGCCCCAGCCCCGGCUCCUUCCUGAGCAUGGACUACUACCACAGGCCCCCGGGGCUCGGGCCGGAGAAGGGACUCCUGUCCGGCGUGGGAGGACUCCCGCGUCCGUUCGGCGGCUCCCUGCUGGCCGGCAGGCACUGGAGCGGAUCCUGCCACUCUAUUGAGACCGAGAGCACGAGUUCAGGGGAGGACCUGCUUGUCCCCAGCCCCCCCUCGCCCCCGCCGCCACCGCGCAUCUACAAGCCCUGCUUUGUAUGUCAGGACAAAUCUUCAGGAUACCACUACGGAGUCAGCGCUUGUGAGGGCUGCAAGGGUUUCUUCCGGCGGAGCAUCCAGAAGAACAUGGUGUACAACUGCCACCGAGACAAAGUGUGUGUCAUAAACAAGGUGACGAGAAACCGCUGUCAGUCCUGCAGGCUGCAGAAAUGCCUCGACGUCGGCAUGUCCAAGGAGUCAACAGCACUUCAGCAGUUCAGGAAGUCAGAGAUCAUGAGGAAUAAAGACAGUGUGGUCGUGUCUCAGUUCAUGGUACGAAACGACAGGACGAAGAAGAAGAAGGAGGAGAAGAGGCCGGGGGAGGCAGAGAUCUACGUUCUGUCAGCGGACACAGAGCAGAUGAUCGAACGAGUUCGCCGGGCACAUCAGGGAACGUUUCCCUCCCUCUGUCAGCUGGGGAAAUACACCACGGGCAACAGCUCAGAGCAACGUGUCGCUCUGGACGUCAGUCUCUGGGACAAGUUCAGUGAACUGUCCACCAAAUGCAUCAUUAAGACGGUGGAGUUCGCCAAGCAGAUGCCCGGCUUUACGACGCUCACCAUCGCCGAUCAGAUCACCCUGCUCAAAGCCGCAUGCCUCGACAUACUGAUUCUGAGGAUCUGCACUCGCUACACUCCGGACCAGGACACAAUGACUUUCUCCGACGGUCUGACACUGAACCGCACCCAGAUGCACAACGCCGGGUUCGGGCCACUCACGGACCUCGUGUUCACCUUCGCCAACCAGCUGCUCCCGCUGGAGAUGGACGACGCAGAGACAGGAUUGCUCAGCGCCAUCUGCCUGCUCUGUGGAGAUCGUCAGGAUCUGGAGGAACCAGAAAAGGUGGAUGUUCUUCAGGAGCCCAUGCUAGAAGCCUUGAAGAUCUACGUGAGGAGGAGGAGGCCUGAGAAACCCUGCAUGUUCCCAAAAAUACUGAUGAAGAUUACUGACCUUAGGAGCAUCAGUGUGAAGGGAGCGGAGCGAGUGAUCACGCUGAAGAUGGAGAUCCCCGGCUCCAUGCCGCCUCUCAUCCAGGAGAUGCUGGAGAACUCGGAGGGUCUGGAGGGACAUGGGGGAGCCGGGGGGGAGAAGGGAGGAGGAAAAGGCCGAGCAGAGGGAAGGGAGGAGGACGAAACAGACCCCAUGAGCGGCCGUCCGAGUCAGUCGCCCAAAUCAGUCUCCUCUCCCAGCCCGAGCCCAGUACCCUGCUCCCCUUCCUCUCCUUCCCCCUCCGCCUGAAGUCCAAGGAGCACCACUGCCCCUCGCAGCAGCACUCCACCGGGGGGAGAACCUGCACUUGGCAGACACACGGAAACAAACUGCACCGAACAACGGAGAAGUCUGGAUUUCUGAACCCACAAACUCUCUGGGUUACAAUGUAACUUUAUACACAUGUUGCAGUUGAAUGAAAGCAGGUGAACUGUGACGUGAGGACUGAUUUUCAUCCAUUUCAUUCUUACAGUGCAAAAAUAAAUGUGAUUUCAUUAUUUUUUUUUGUAAUGCCUAGAAUGUUAAUUAUUUGCCGACUGUGUGGACCUAAACGAAAGCUUGUCUGUGGACUCUAUGGACAGACUGAUGGAAGAUGAUUCCUCUUAUAUCAUACAUGUUUCUCCCUGAUGAAAAGUCACAUAAAAUAUGCAGAAUCUA